AUGAGUCAAUUUCAACUAUUCCCCCCACCCUCGCCGGAGGCCAAGGUUCCCAAAAAUCCUUUCCGCAAGGGUGCUGUCAGAAAACCAACGACAGAGGCCGAGCCUGCAUCUCCGAUACCUCUCGAGGAGAUGAAGAACAACGGCAAUACAGAGGCUGUGGUUCUCCAAGUUACAGAAGACGUCCCGUAUUUCCCCCCUCCCCACCCGGGCCCACCACCAAGAGCACGCAUAGCUCGAAAUAAGUCGCCGAUAUUAGUAUCAACCCGCGGCUCGGACUCUCCACAGUCUGCGCGCAGCCGAAGUCGCCAGGAUAACACGUCAAGCCACCCCUUGCCUUCUGAAAGGAGCCUCAGUACUAGCAAUGGAAGUAUUCAUACAGAUGCUUCCACCACCUCGCCUCAGUCAUCACACUCGUCUAUCUCCCCGGUGCCCAUGAGAUCAAUGUUUCCUCAGUUCGAUCCUAGUAUUCCACUCAACCAGCAGAUUGGGCGUCCACAGGUGUAUGAUAGCCCACAGCCUGCAGCUUCACCGGCCUCUACCAAGAAAGCUCGAAGACCUAAGCUUACUAUCAACCCUGCUUCCAAUUCAACGCCAGUAGCAAGCCUGACUUCGUCCACGAAUAUUGAUCAAGUCCUUGGUCCGAAAACUGUCCCUGCUAGUGUGCUGAACUUUCCGACCGGCGUGCUGGAACCAGAAGAAGUACAAUAUUCCAGUGCACAGGAGCUAGGGACUCUGUGGGAAGCUGCAAAUGGACAGCGACCCGAGAGACUGAGCAAUAAGAUUAAUCUACGUUUGACAAGAACUGGGCCGGCCGGUUUCGCAUUUGGUAAUUCCGACUUGCCAUUCUAUACCUUACAGACUUACUCGAAUAAUGAACUGGCGAUCUCUCGUAGCGCUCCAUCCAAUCCAGAGAAUGCAGUUCCCAUCAUGACGCUCAUUCUCGAAGAUCGCAUCCGCCGAGAACAUCCCAACGAUGGGCUUGUCUCCCUUCUCUUCUCACGACUGGCUGCUAUGAUGGCGAUUGAACAGGCAGAUGAAAUCAGCAAGCAACAUCACCUUUCUCCAUCCGACAGCCGGAACCUCGAGAGCCAAGCCUUGAAGCGCGCAGCAGCGGAAGAAUCAUGCCGUCUUUCGUGGAACCGACACCUUCGGCUCUACGAGCUGCGACAUCCAUCCCUGUCAAAACGCACCCCGCCAGCUCUUGUAGGAGCUGCUGGGAUUCCCUUGUCUCCAGUACGCUCCAAGUCUUCGGGAUUGCUGCACAUCACCGUGUCGGCACCAUCGAGCGGCCAGCCACCUACCGUCCUUGUUACCGGCCCCGUCUCGUCCGUCGCCAUGGAAGCAGCCCAAGAAGCAGCUAAUCCGCGUACAUCCACAUUGCCUGUGGCUGACUCGGAAGAGCCUCUUGCAUCCCUGGACUUUGCGACACGGACGCUCUCCAUCUCCCCAGCUGCCGUCAUCGCAACCAUCCCUUCGCUCUACGCCGUCGAUUCCCUGGUCGCGGCCAUGUUGGCUGUCGCGGUCUCCGACGAGGCUACGAACCCUAUCAUGGCCGAUAUGGAGCUCGGGACCCCUCGCUCCACCAGCACAGGCCCUGCUCCCGAGCCUGCGUACGGGGCGCCGUUCCAGGGCAAGCUAAUCACCACGCUAGCUGAGAGAGAGGACUAUGCCGAGAGCGGUUUCUUCAGCUUCUGGAACCAUUCCAAGUCGGAGCCGAAAAAGAACCAGCGAAAGUCUAAGAAGUCUAAAAAGACGCAGCAGAUCAUCGUUGAAGAAUUCGACCUCGAGAAGUAUGGUCGCUACGGCUCUGGCUCCUCUCGUGAGGGCCAAGAGCUUCCCGGGAUCACGCGGGGAUUGCUGGGCUUUUUGUUCUUCGGGCUGAAUGUUAUUGUCAAGUUGCUGACGCUUAUGGUUAGAAUCUUGGCGUGGGUGUUGGUUCAUUCAACGCGAUGUGUGACGAGUGAGAAAUUCUAA